AUGCAGAUUCAGACCGGGAUCUUGAAUCCUACAAGAUUCCAUACGUCAGUGAUACUCUACAACCUUGCUCCAUUGAUAUAUUCUUCGCCGAGCUCCGACUCGGAGAUCGUGAACCGCCGUGCCGAUGUCAUUCCCAUGGGUCAUAAUGGCUUCGACCAUAUCGAACAACCCCUGCUCAAGACUGAUAAUGGAGAGUAUAUACAUUGA